AUGAGCGAGGACCAAGACAACCAGAGUGGUGGACCCAUGUGGUCCAAGUUUUUUGAGGGUCUCCCCGGUGCUGGUGGUGACGACGACACCGCUUCCAUUGUGUCUGCCUCGGAACGCCCCGAUACCCCUUCGCGCUCGCACCUCGGCCACGGCCGUGGUCUUUCCAGCAUGACUUCUCCCAUCUCCGAGAUCAUGCCCAACGAUUCCGCCUCUGCGGUAGACGACGGUGCUUCCGAUAUCGGCGGUAAGCGAGGUGGCGCUGCUUCCAGCGUCGCGCCUCCUUUGCCAGUGGACGACGGAACGUACGUGUUCAAGUUUAAGACGCCUUCCGGCAGGACACACAGGUUCCAGGCUCGAUACGACUCUUUCGAUCUCCUCCGAGACAUUGUCGCUGGCAAGCUCGUGUCGGACCCCUUCUUCUCGGCUUCUUCCGCGCCUGAAGGUACCGAGGUCCACCUUCCCGACCCCAAUGUCUUUGCUCUCCACUACAAUGAUGACGAGGGAGAUCUGGUGACCAUGACUGCGGACGGUGAUGUUGAAGACGCUGUCAGGAUCGCGAGGAACCAAAAGACCGACCGAGUGGUGUUGGUGGUCGACGGAGGCAAGGUCUGGGAAGCCGCUGCCAAAGACUUGGGCGGUGAGAAGGCUGUGGAAGCUCUCAAAGCUGCCGCCGUCGAAGAAGCUCCCACUCCUGUCGUCGCCACCCCAGCCGCCGCCGUCGACCCCGAAGAAGCCGCGCUCGUAGCUCCCACCGCCAACCCCGCGACCGAACCUACGUAUACCUCUGAGAAGUCGGCUCACCCCGUGCAUGCUUCGCAGUACCAAGACCACGGUCGUACGGUCAGGUCGAGCGAUGGACAGGAGCUUGUGGCUGGGUUCUUGCCCAAGGAUAUGGUCUUGCCGGCGGCGAUUGGGUUUUUGGGUGUGGUGAUUUUGGGCGUGUUUAUCGCGGGCAAAAAGUAG